CUGUCCGCAGCCUCGGCAGGGGACGGACUGGUUCCUGCCUGUGGUGGUGUGGUCGGUGCGCGGAGGCUCCGUGAGUUCGCGUUCUCUCCUGCGUGGACUGGGUUGUGGUCGGUGCGCGCGGGUUAAAGAAUAGCCUCUUGAGGAAGUUUUACUGAAGAGGUGCUGCGGUGGAGGAAGGCGAAGAAUACAGUUACUUGAUGACACUGGUGUUUGUGAGCUGACUUCUUUCAUCAAAUACUAAGACUGGUAAGAUCAUGGACAUGUAUGCCAGAGCUCAGGGCAAUCGAAUGAAACCAAGAAUAUCUGUGAAAAAGAGUUUUGGUGAAGGUAUACUGCACUCUAUGAAGUCACUGCUACACAGCAGGAAAGAGUUAUGCAAGGUAUCAGCAGAGGAAUGCCUAAAUCGGGAAGAAGAAGAUAAUUUUAUUGAGAUUACAUUUAUAGGUUUUGCUGAAGAGAUGGGUACUGCUCGCUUGCAGGAGUUGUCAGCUGUUUCUGUAGAGCUUCCAGAUGUUCUGAAAUCGCUCCAGUUGCGCAAACUAAAAGAAAACGAGGCUAUAUUUCUAAAAGAUGUAAAGAAAACCUUGGCAAAACCUUUUGUCAUGAAACAUCAGAAUCAACUUGCUGAAGUGUUUUGUGUGGUGAGACUCUCUCCUUCAUUCCCAAGGAUCAAAGUUGAUUAUAUAUUUACCUUGCUGAGCAAGUAUACCACAGGCAUAAGAUAUGCAGUAGAAAUAAACUCUUCACAAAAACAUCAAUCAGAGACAUCCCAUGGAGAAGAUGAUGACACUAAUCACUCAGUUUCUUCAAUUGAGGAUGAUUUUGUUACUGCUUUUGAACACUUAGAUGAAGAUGAACCUUCAAAGAUACAAAGUGCUGAUGCAUACAGCUUUGCUUCUCAAAACCAUCGAGAUGCUGCUUCACAGACCAUCCCUGCUCAAUGUUUAGAAGCUGUUGACUCAAAGAUCCCUGUAGGUUCUGCGCAUCGAAAGUCAUCUGCCAGAUCUUCUACUUUGAUUGAUAUUUUGGGACUUAAGGAACUGUCCUCAGUAAAGAAUUCAGUAACAACCUCAAUUGCUGAUCCUUGGAUACAGAGGAGUUUCUAUAAGCCAUAUAAUCCUUCUGAUCAAGGUGUUAAUUUUUUACGUAAAACAUUGUUUUCUUCCUCUCCAGCUGAAUCCUCUGAGUCAGACUGCUCCAGCCCAAGUCCCAUCAUCUUCUUAGAUGAAGAAGGGUAUCAAAAAAGCUUAAAGGCAAAACUUCAGCUGCCAAAAAUUCCAGUAGUGAAAGAUGGUAUAGAGGAUUCAGACUCAGAAGUAAGUGAAUUUUUUGAUAGUUUUGAUCAAUUUGAUGAGCUGGAGCAAGCCUUGGAAAACUCUUGUAAAAUUAUUAGGGAUCCCAUCCUAGGGAGUCCCUCCCAGAAAAGGAGGACUGCACAUGAAAAAUUGUCUUCUGCAAGCAUUACAAUGAAUCCUCAGAAAUUCAAUUUUGAUCGUCCGACUCUCCCAGCCAAUGUAAAGAAACCAACUCCUCGUAAGCCAGAAUCACCGUACAGCAGCAUCUUUGAGGUCCCGGAUUCCCCUCGCCCAGUUAAAACAUCAGGGGAAGAGAAUGGAGGCUUCUUCAGCCCUAUUAGAACGUCAGCUUUCAGUCCACUAGGGAGCUGUGGUUCUUCCGAAUGUUUGUGUCGAAGUAAUCUUGGUGGAGAUAGGACAGGUCAAAAUCACCAUGAUGCAGUUUAUAAUAGUUACUCAGCAUAUGCUGAUAGUGUUUCAUUUGAUAUACUUGGUUCUGUUUUUUCUUCUGAGCCCUCAUCAGAAAAAGUAUGUGCAGGAAAUGAUUCGAAGCACAAAAGGAUUGCUUUGAAAGAGAAAAAAAGGCAAGCUGCAGAUCUCAAAAUGAAAACUAGUAAGGAACCAGAUAAACAAGCAAAAUCUAAACAUAAGUCACUUAUGAUUAGAGAUAGCAUUCAGAAAUUUGCAGCUGAAUUGGUUGAAAAAAGUUUUGGCAGUGCAUUUAAAGACCUUCAAAAAGGUGUUUCUUCAUGCACCAAUGCACUCUGUCAUUUGGCUGCUAGGUUGACUUCUUCAGUCUUUCAGAUGGCUUUUUAUGAGAUUGGAAGACGUAGAGCAAUCUCCCUGAAGCAGCGUGCCAUUAAUGGGAUAGCAAACUUUUUGGUGAGUGAAGCUAUAACUGCUGCUUUGAAAGAACUGUGUCACGUAAAGAAACAAAUAUUUACCAACACCGUUGCACGGUUUGCAGCAGACCUUGCUGAAGAACUUGUUUUUGAAGGAAUCAUGGAAGUAUGCCAGUUCUCAUAUCCAUCAACACCUACAGCUUCACAGCCUUCAUCAUUUGAUUACGAAAACAAAGUGGUAAGAUCCUAUGCCCGAGAUUUGUCUGAAUCUGUCAUUCAGGAGGCAUUUAUUGAACUAUCUCAGGUUGAUGUGACCUUCACAACACAAGCAGCCAUUAGUGUUUCCAUGGACAAUAUUAAAUAUGUAAGUGCAGAAAGUAUGUUAGAGUCAACACAGACUUCCACAGUUUUUCCUAAUUUUAAUGAUAGGAUAGGACUAAAGCCAAUCCAAGAUUCCAAGAAGGAAUAUACAGUACAGCAAGCUCUGUUUUGCACCUCUGGUUUUGUAAGUUCAAUACCUGUGCCCUUAGCUGGAAGAGCUCUUUGUCAACAACAGGUUUCCUCUGAUGCUUACAAAGCAAAAGUAUCCAGUAUUCCAAAUGCUGAUGACAAUAUGAAGGUAUUCAAAGACUCCACUCAUCCAUUUUUCACAAGCAGAAAGAGAGAGGAGGAAGUCUCUUCUUUCAGAAAUAUAUAUCUAACUUCAGAUCACAGUCCAAGUACUGAAGGUGCUCCAUCAAUCUUUUGUAACCAAAAUGAUACCAAACUAACAAAUAACAGAUCUGGAAUAAACAGUAGUUCAGAAUUAACAAGUGGGUCAAAAGGCAUUAAUACUUUCUCUGGAACUAUGGUAGAUAUGAUAGUGAAUGAAGCUUAUGAAGCCAUAACCUCAUCUAGAGUAACAAAAGCAGUAGAAGAGUAUACAGAUUUUUUAACAAGAAAAAUAAUAGAUAAAAAACCUUAUGUGCAAGGUAUUGGUGAAGACUUCCCCAAGAAUAUGUUUGCGGAUCAUUUGGCCAAGUAUGUCGUAAAACAAUCUGUGGAUGAAAGUAAAACUGUGUUAUGUAACACUAGUGAGAAUUUAACAUGUAAUAUGAGCUCACAGACCUACGGAGAUACCAAUCGAAAAGAACAGUGUGUGAUAAAGAAGCAAGAGGCUGAGAAGCAAAGUAAUGUUUCUAUAAUCGUGGAACAACAACAGUUGCCUUUGAAUAAUCCAUGUAAAUUUCUUACUCCAACUCAUUCUGUUCAGUGUUUUUCAGAAUCUAAAGAUUGUUGGCAGGAACAAAAAGGACAUAGGUUUUCCUCAAAAUCACCACCUCCUUGUUCCACUGUGACUUUUGCGAAGCAUGUUCUAGAGGACUGUACUGACAUGGGAAGCUGUUCAAUAACGUGCUUAAACAAGCCUUCAAAAAAAAAAGAUACCCAGAAACUAUCAGCAGGAGCUUUGAAUUACAGGCAGGCUGAUUGUUUUCUGCAUGCAAAUAGCUUUUCUUCAGUGAUGUUUGGCAGUGAAGGUGUUUUGCAGAUGGAAGAAAAAUCAAGUUUCAAACAUGGAAAUACCUGUUUAAUGCCCAAUACACCCCCACCAACUCCUUUAGUGCCAUGUGAAGGUACUUCGGAAAGGAACCUAAGAAAACUGUCAAAGAAACUCAAGGGAGAAUUAGCAAAGGAAUUUGCACCUGCAACACCACCUUCUACACCCUACAAUCCAUCCAUUACUGAUUUUUCUGAAACGGAACAUGACUCUUUGGAAAAUGAGGAAUUUAUGCUGAAACUCAUGCGGUCCCUUUCUGAAGAAGUGGAAAGUAGUGAAGAUGAAGAUCAUUCUCUAAUACCUGUUGAGAAAGGGGAGCAUUUGGAAAAAACAAUUCAGUAUGCCGAUUGUUUAGCUAGCCAUAUAGUUUCGAUAGCGACUGAAAUGGCUGCUUCCCGUUUAGAUGGUAAAACAAAUGAAAGAGAUGCUGGUAGGCAGUUUCAGUUAGGUAUGCAAAAGAAAAUAUGUGGAUAUACUGCAUUUAUAAAUAUCCCAGAAGAGACAUGCAAUUCUUUAUGGAAUUAUGCAGGUGAUAUGGCAGGAAAAGUCAUCAACGAGGCCAAGAAAGUAGUGAAAUCAAAGCAUUGUAAACUGUUGAGAUUGAAGCGGGUUAACUGUCAAGUGGAUUGCUUUUAUCUGAGAAAAGGCGAUAAAGAUGGUAGUUCAAAAGAAGGGUUUGGUCCAGUGCAGGACCAGUGGCUUGGGGAGAGAGGUUCAUCUGUACUUUCUUUACCACAAGGUUCGGGCAUGACAGGUUUGACUUCCAAGUACCCGAGCUGUGAAAGUGUGACUGACGAAUAUGCAGAUCACGUCAUUCGAGUUUUGAAAAGAGAAGGUGGUAGUGCUGAGCUGUUAAUGGAUCAGUAUGCUAGCAGACUUGCUUACAGGUCUAUAAAAUCGGGCUUGCAGCAAGCUGCUAGAAAAACCAAAUUGCGAUAUAACAGAAAGACAUGUCCUGGGCAAAAUGCACAGGUAAAUGGUAAGCUGGAGCUGAUCAAAGCAGUGAAUAAAGAUGCAGUACAGCCAGUGAAAAGCAGCAUUCAUCACUGUGAAGGCCAAAUGUAUGAAAGGAGUUUUGGCACACAGAGAACAGAAUGUACCGAGUUGUUGCAUUUUUCAGGAUCCCUUGCUCACAGUAUCACUUCUGAUGUCAGGAAGAAACUGAAAAUGUCGGGAACGUCUUUGCCGAAGUCUCUAACAGAUUCCUGUCUAUAUAAAAAGACUGAAUUUGAUGAACUCACGGGGGAUCUCAUUAAAACAAGACUUUCUAGGACAUUUCUUCCUUUCUCCCGAGAUCAUAAACUGUAUCAUAGUACAGGUAGUAUAAAUGAAAAUGGCUACACUGAAGGCAUAAUUCAAGCUAUAGAACAAUAUGCUAGAAAAGUAGCAGAUGAUACUCUAGAAAUGAGUUUAGAGUCGGCUAUUCUCCGUGUGGCUGAAAACAGAAAAAGUGGCGAUAAGCUCUCAUAUACUGAGAAACUGUCUCCUUUUUCUGGAACUGUCUGUAGAUGCUGCAGUAUGAAAGAACAUCGGUACUGUACAGAAAGUAUGUCUCAUCGUCUGCCUGCACAAGAAUCCUUCAUUCCAGUGAGGCAUUUACUUCAUUCUGGAUUGGGUGGUGCCUGUCAGAAUUCAAGAGCGUUUCAGCUUGAUAUUCCCAAAAUUCACGUUGAUGUAGAACAGAGGACAGUGUUUUCGGACAAGGGGGCUACUGCGGCCAUAGAGAAAGCAGAAAGAGAGCUGAGUUACACAAGUCUGACAGCUGACAGUGGUAUUGGACAAGACGGAGUCAGUUUUGCUGAAAGCCUUACUACUGAAAUAAUGACAUCAGCUAUGACUAAUAUUGGUCAGGCAGUUACCAUAAGCUCUGUUGGAAGAGAAGGAUUUCACUCUGUUGAAUCUGUUGUUAGCCAGCAGAUGAGUCUUAGUAUUGGUGAUGAUAGCACUGGGAGUUGGUCCAAUCUAAGUUUUGAAGAUGAACAUCCUGAUGAGAGCAGCAGUUUUCUUCACCUCAGUGACAGUUCAGCCAUGUUCUCUUCUUCUCCUGGCAGUAAUGGUAACAGCAGUAGCUGGAGCAGUCUUGGUUUAGAAGGGGAUAUGUAUGAGGAGAAUUUAUCCUUUCCAACAUCAGACAGUGAUGGAACAGAAGAUAAAGAUGAAGAUUCCAAGGAUGCUGUAGAAGGUUUGGAGCAAAUCCGAAAGACUUUAUCAAUAGCGAAUAUUGAUCUGGAAGGAAAUCUAGUGGACCCACAGCUCAGAGCAGUGCUCCAGUGGCUGGCAGCUUCUGAAACAGAGGUUUCUGAUCUUCACUUCCGUGACACUGCCUCAAGGGAAUUUGUCUUUCUUUCCAGAAGACUGCAAGAAAGAGAUUGGAAAGUUGGAGAUCUCUUGCAAGCAGUGCUGAAAUAUUGUGAAAUGAUAGAGAAGGCAUCUGAUGGAGAGCAAGCUCUAAAUAAGUCUUUUGUUGGUUGGCUUCUGGAAAAUGUCUGAAAAAUCCAAAGAUGCAACAUCCUUCAUUCCUCUUUUGAAAGGAGAUAGAAAGAGCACAGAUAUGUAAACUAAAAUUCAACUAGUGAAUGUUUAAGUAAUAGUCAGCAAUUAAAAGACUUUGAGGUGAAAGUCAAAAUAGCCGUGCUGUGCUUUGUGAUACUGUGCACAUGGUAUGUUUAUUCAGUCUGUAAUCGGUAUUGUCCACUCACGCAUAACUUGUAUUUACUGCUGUGUUCAGACCAUCGAAAUAUUUAUGAAAAUAUCCCUUGUCUAUGAUAGUAGUUCAGAGGAGGCAGUCUCAGGCAUGAUAUUUAGGAUUCCCACUGUGCCAGGAUAGCUCUUUUUUCCACUCCUGUGUGUGCUAUAUUCACAGUGUGACUAAGAGCACUGAUUUCUGCAAGGAUCUGUUCUGGAAUACUGUGCUGUAGACAAUGGAAAAAAUUACCAAUCUUGGCCAGGCCUUAUGUGCCCAAGAGCACCAUAGAGCUGAUAAAUUCUAGUAGAAGGGCAGAGUGAGUAGUUGAACAUAAUUUCAUGUAUAAUUCUUCAGCAAGAUUUCCUGCAGCUUUCCAAUCAAAUUUAAAAUGCUAAAUUUUUUACUGAUGCUUUUUGUAUGCAGAUACUUCUAUGACACUAAUUCUGUGUCAAAGAAUUUGUACUUUAGUCUCUCACACAGAUGUGUUAAAAGUAGCAGAUAGAAAUUUAUGAGGAUUUUGGCUGUCUUUUUGACUAGUUUUAAUUCUUUAUUUCUUAGCAGUCACAUAUGAAUUUUCUUUUCAGUAAUAAAGAGAGUUUUGUUACUCAGUGAGCACAUAAGCAUUUAGCAAAGAAAGCUAAUUAAAACGUAAAGGGGAAAUUUCUUGCAAAUGGAUUUUUCAUUUUUGUUAACUACCUUCACUGAAUUUUUUUUAAAGGGACUUUUAAUCAAAUGUUUUUAGCAGUCUCAUCAGGUUUCUCACCAGUGCUGCUGACUUGCCUUUCUGUCUGAAGGGAAAUCUGGACCUUUGCAUACCCUGUAGUUUGAAAAUGUUUUUUGGGUUUUGUUUUUUUAUAUAUCCUUUGAGAGAAAAAGACACGUGCUGGUAAUUACAAGGUUGCCACCUGAAACCUACAAAAGAAUCAUAGAGCCUUACUUAUUUUGGAUGAACAAAAAAAAUCUUUAAGACUUUUUCACAGGAAAGUAGACUGUUGAUAUGGUGCACAAGUUUGUUAUCCCAAACAAGGAGAGAGAGAUGGUCUCUAAAUCUAUUCCUGAAUUUGAAUGGUGUAUGUACAAUUCUGAUUUCUCCUACCCCAUGAAUUACUAUGAGGUGUCACACUGGUAAACUCAAGAGCACGCUCCUUGUAAUGUCUUUGUGUUUCAGGAGGGCAUUACACUGCCCUUUUUGUAGAGAUCUGGUUUGUUUUUGUCCUCAUUUGUCAUCUGGAAUUCUGCCUUUCUCACAGAGCUAAAGAUUUUGAAUGUUUUUGUAUGUGCACAUAUGUGUGUACACACGUGUGCAUACACAGGUAUGUAUGUAUAUCUGUUUGUGUAUGAGAUCUCACCCAUACGAAUUUUAAAUGCAAACUUUUGCCACUAAAUUAAAAUUCUGUUACGCUCAUAGUUUUAUUACCUCACUUAGCAUAUCAUUUCACUGAUAGAAAGAUCUACGUAUGCCAUGUGACAAAAAGACCAACAACUACUUCAGGGUCUUUUGUUACAGGUAAUGUAAUGCCAGGUGUCAGGAAUGAUUUUUCUUUAGAGCCCAAAGUAGGGUAGGUAAAGUUAUCUUAAUUCCUGUGUUUGGAGGAUGGGCCUAGUAGCAAAUAUUUUUUAAGAAUUGUGCAAAAGUUAUCUGGAUUUUUUUUCCUCCUCCAUCCCCAUACUCCUUUCUUUUUUUUUAAGGUUGACUUUCAGUGUCGUUUUAGACAAAAAUUUGAAACCAUUUUUUGGCUGCAACAUCUUCCCUAGUACAAAUUUACUUACAAAAUUGAAAUACCAAGAAAAUAAAAUACUAAAAGCAGUGCCUCAGGAGUAAGUUUUGCUCACCAAGUGGAAUUUCAGGAUAUGAGGAUACAGUAGUAAUAGUAAAGUGUUUCUGUACAUGUCCAAAUUGAGAAAGAUAUUGAAGGUAUUGUGGAUGUACAAAGCUGUACUCUUGAAACAAAAAAAACACUCAACAAAACACAACCAGCUAAACAACACCACAGGAACAGCCAUUUUUUAACUGAUUUAUUCAGUAUGUUGGAUUUUAUAAAGUUGGUGUUUUUUCUUUCUAGUUACUUCUGUGGAGAAAGGCAGAAAAUUGUGUGAUUCCCAAAGCUUACAGCUAUUCAGAAAGUGUAACAGACAAUAGUUGCACUAAAAAUUAUUUUUAUAAAUGGAAUCUUGUUUUCAGACUGCAUCAAAUAUUUAUGUUUCCAAAUUUACAUGAGAAAAAUGUUGUAAAAUACUUCAUUUUUACUGGAAACAAGCAAAUUGUUUUUUGUAACCAUUUUCUGUACAAAUUGUUUUAAAUUUGUUCUGAGUGACUUGACUUUUCUCCUUGAGUAUGAAAUUAGGAAAGCAUUAAACUAACCUGGCAAAAUAAUUAUAAUUUAAUAAUUUUAAUAAUCUUUGGAAAACCUUACUCUGACUAUAUCUAACUGAUGCUGUCUGCCAUAUUAGUGAGAAAGCUGUUCUUUGCUAAUGAGAGUCUUAAAUGAUACUUGCUAAGUUUAUCUAAAACUCCUGACCACAGGUACAGAAGUGUAAGUGAAAACUGUAAAAACAUGAAAGGCCACAUUCUGGUCCAUUUAAAGCAGACAACUCUGCUUUAUAAACAAACAUAAAAAGGUAGAGUUUAUUUCAUCUUGCAUUUUUUCUGUGUGGGAAGCUCUGGUAAUUUAAUUUUUAAGUUGAGGAAAGUAUAUCCAAUGAUGUUACUGUUUCAGAAAUCACCCAAACACUUCCAUUUCUCAGAACACCAAAUGUAUUUAUGAAGUGUUGGGAUGGUUUGUAAGAUUCUGUGGAAAAAAGCACUUUGAAAAUAGUCCCUCUAUAAAUUAACAAUUAAAAGUUGUCCAUAUUUAAAACAAGUUUAAACAUUCAGAAUGGGGUGCAUAAAUAAAAAAGAAGUAUGCAUAAAGCCUUAAAAUCAAAAAACACUCAAACUCAUAUGCUAAAAUUAGAGAGGAUUUGCUGUCACAUAAUAAGGAUGUGAAAAUGUAGCUCAGACGGUGUACUUGAAUGCAGUUUCUGUAGUCUCUUUGUUCUUGAGUUUUAAAAGAUUGUGUGAGCUUUUUAGAAAAAAGCCGACCAAAACCCAAAAACCCAGCAAUCCACAUUCCGAGACUAGUUAGGUCUCUCAAGAAUGGUAUCAGAUUUUAAAUGUUACAUUUUCCAGUGUAACUUUGUCUGGGACCUUUUCGAUGAACAGCCACAUAUUGUUGGAGAUGGGAACACAAUAAAUAGUGAACAUGGUCACCAGCGUAAACCCCUGUAGUUUUAGACAGUUGAUUAGCAAAUGAAAAUACGAGAUUCAGGAAUGAUUUUUAGUGUAAGAAUUUUGGCUUUUCAGCAAGAGCCUCUGCUGUCAAGCAUUUACUGUACUUGAGCUCUGAAGUGGCAAGUACAGAGCCCAGCCACUGUAGUCACUUUAUUUUGCACCAUCUUUGUACAUUCCUGUUGUAUAGCUGGAGUUGUAGUUUUAGAGGGCCUUUGUUCUGUUUUAAUGUCUGAAUAGUAUUUAAUACUAAAGUUUAUUAUAAUUUGCUGGAACUGCUGCUUAUAUGUGCAGUGUUACAGUAAUUCACAGCCCAGUUAGUGAUGCAAUUGUAUACCAAAAGCAGUUUGUAUAACUAUUAAUGUUUAUGUAACUGUACUCAAUGAAUAUGAAGGUCUUGUUCUGUAUAAUGCUGACAAGUUUUGCCAUUUCAGUAAUUUAACUAUAUUCAGUUUUCAGAUUAUGAACUCCAGGUUGCACUAAAUUUGUCCUUGUUUUAGCAGUGGCUUAAAAUAAAACACAUUUCACUGGCUUA